AAUUACAGUGGUGUCAUGUCACUCAAUAUCUUUGUGACGUCUUUGAUGUUGUUGCAACGGCUACAUUGUACGUCAAAAGCAAAUGAGUCAGUUUAUCGACAAGCACCAUGGAUAUCGAAUCGUACACGGAUUUUUCCAUUGCUUCAGCGACAUAUAUAACAAAGUACACAGGAAUAUGGGUGCCACGAAAUGCUGCAGAAGAACUGCAAAGGAAGAUAUCAAUAGCGUAUACGGCCUUCGCACUUCUGUAUGGGAUAUACGUGAACGCAGUAGAUAUUUAUCACUCAUGGGGCGAUGCAACUCACUGUACGUUUCUGAUGCUCAACACGACGUGUAUCAGUAUGACAACAAUUAAGAUGAUCAUCCUAAACUCUAAUAGAGCUGGUUUCGCAGACGCCCUUUGCUACGCGCAACGACACUUUUGGCAUGGAAACUAUGAUUCCGAGGAACAACUUAUCUUUUCCACAUCUGUGAAAUACUGUACACGGUAUGUGAUAUUCAUAGCCGGUUCUCUUCAACUUGUUUUAUCCGGAUACGUGAUCACACCUCUUAUUGAAAACCUUGGACGAAAUAGAUCGGACAGGGUACUUCCAUUCAAGAUGUGGGUCGACUGGCCUUUAUCUGAGACACCGUAUUACGAACUAAUGUUUACUUUCCAGGUGAUUAGCGUAUUCAUAAUUGGCGCCGCGUACGUUUGCCCCGAAAUGUUUUUAUGCCUGUUUAAUCUGCACGUGAUGGGUCAGUUUCGUAUACUACAACACAGAAUGUUAAAUUUCUGGAACGUCGAAAGCAAAGAGAUGAACGCAGUCAUGUACACCGAUCAUUGUUAUGCAGCUCUCAAGAAGUGUAUACAACACCAUCAGUUGCUUAUUGAGUUCUGCGUGAAGCUUGAACAAGUAUACACCAUGACGAUCUUUACGCACAUGACAGUUUUAAGUUUAUUGUUGUGUUUCGAUUCCUACGAAAUAGUUGUGGCGAAUAUGAGUGGUUCUAUGCGAAUCACUUUCUUGUUUCACGCAAUUGGAAGCCUGGGACAGCUGUUUAUGCUAACGUACACUAGCAAUUUUAUGAUGGAGGAAAGCACGAAUGUUAUUACCUCGAUGUAUUUAGGAUCUUGGAGCACAUUGCCAAUGAAUAAAGUUGGGAAAUCAUUUCGAUCGGCUAUGAAAUUCCUUAUGAUUAGAUCAUUAAAACCGUGCUCUCUGACUGCUGCCGGAUUUUUCCCUCUGACUUUGAGAACUUUUACUUCGCUUUUAAGUUCUACAUUCUCAUACUUUACUUUGAUGAGGCAAUCGUUCACGAGACCAGAUGGAGAGUAAUAUAAGAAAUAACUUAAUAUGCAUUAAAUGCGAUGUAAGAAACAUACAAAUCUGUCGAAAGAUAAUAUGUGAAUAAUUUUCAACGUGUAUAAAAUGUCGUGAUUAAUGUACAUUUUGCAUUUCUGCGUAGAGCAAAAUAUAGUAUGCUCGAUAUGAAUAGCAUGAAAUACUUUUUCUCCUGCUGUGAUAUCAAAGAAUAAUGGUUGCACCUCCUGGUAUACACGGUUGAAAUAACAACUUUUUGGUGAUAUUUUUUUAGGUAUAAUAAAGGAUACUGUGUAAAAUCAUUUUUGGGAUUUAUUAGCAUCUUACAGUACAAAAAAAGUUUUUUUUUCGUUAUUUAAUUCACUUUAUAGACAUAAAGGCAGCAGAGAGCGUGGUGCUGUACAAAAUAGAUACUCGAAUGAUAAACAUGAGAUCUCGAGAUCCGGUCAUCUGAAAUAAAAAAACUGAAACUUUCCUUAAAACUUGUAUGGAUGGCUGUCGUAUGACCCUCAGACUUAAAAGAAUAUCGAAAAUUCGCUGACUGAAACCUGUUUUUGCUAACACAUAAACAAAAACCGGAAAGUUGUGAACCCGGCUACGUAAACUCGGCCUCCCCCUCGAUUCAUGGCUGUAGAAUCGUCACCUUUACGAAUUUCCUUUUGUAACUUCUACAAUAUACUCUUGAAAUAUCGAAAAUAACUGAAAAUCUAUUUUCUGAAAAUUUUACAUGAGAAUGUACCCUUAAUCCGUCCUUGCAUAAUUCAUGGUUUGAUCUGUCCCCUGUCGUUCCUAUGACCGCAAUCCCAUGUUUUAUGACUGAAGAUGCAAAUGAGAAGGGUAAAAAUCAUUGUACUAGAUUAUGAACGUGCCUUGGUAAUUACAGUGGCGUCAUGUCACUGAAUAACUUUGUAACGUUUUUGAUGUUUUUGCAAUAGCUACGCUGUACAUCAAAAGCCAAGAUGUCAAUUUUCCGACAAGCACCAUGGACACCAGAUCGUACACGAAUUUCUCCAUCGCUUCAGCGAAGUACAUAUAUAGCAAAGUACACUGGAAUAUGGCUACCAUGAAAUGUGACUGAAGAACGGCAAAGGAAGAUAUCCGCGACGUAUACCUCCGUCGCACUUCUGUAUGGGAUAUACCUGCACGUGUGCUGUAUGUUUCUGACAAUGAACAUGAUGUGUAUCAGUAUGUCAACAAUUAAGAUGCUCAACCUAAACUUUAAUAGCACGGAAUUGAUAGACGCUUUUUUCUACGCGCAACGACACUUCUGGCAUCGCAAGUAUACUCCCGAGGAACGACUGAUUUUUUAUGUACCUGUAAAAUAUUGCACAUGCGAUCUUCGCAAUCGCUUUUCUACAUCUCAAUUUGUCCGGAUAUGUGGUCACACCUAUUGUUGUAAACAUGAGAAGCAAUAAAUCGGAAAGAGAACUUUCAUCCCGCUCGAUUCCAGUGAUUUUCCCACGACGGAAACACCCUAUUACGAACUGUUGUUCCUAGUUCAGCUUGCAAGUUCUACAUUUUCUUAUUUUACUUUGAUGAGGGAACCGUUCUUAAGAAACGAAAGGGAAUAGCCCUCACAGGGCAUUAAAAUUAAUGAGACACGAACACAAGACUAUGACAGUAUAAUGUUCUAAAUUAUUGCUGUACAGAACCUUUUGUAACAUGGUUUGCAUGUCUGUAUAAAAUAAAAUGCAGUUAGCACAUUACAAAAA